CAAAUAUUGGAUGCGCAAAUAAAAUGCCUUCAUGCAAACUUCAAUUUGACCCAUUAUCACCAAAGUCCUUUUGUCUUCAUUCAAUAGAUGAAUUAUACAAUUGGAUGCCCUCUAAUAAUACAUUCAAUAUAUCCAAUAUACCUUUACAAUAUCGUGAAAAGGAUAACUCUAGAUCAAAAUUAAUAUUAAUUCAUGAUAUGGCAGGAGGUUAUACAGAAGAUAAAUAUAUUCAAGGCAAUGCCUAUGAUUCCACUUAUUAUUUCCAGUAUUGGCAUUUAGCAGAUAUAUUCAUUUACUUCUCUCGUAAACGUGUCUCAAUACCUCCUGUCAAUUGGACCAACAACUGUCAUCGAAAUGGAGUUCAAUGCUUAGGAACUUUCUUCAUUAAAGGGAAUAAUCAUAUGCAUGAGAUAGAGAUACUUCUUCAAGGCCCAUGUCAUCUAAGAAAUAAUGAUGAUAAUGACAAUUUAAGACUCUGGAGUCCCUUUUUCGCGGAUAAAUUAGUAUAUAUUGCCAAAUAUUAUAAUUUUGAUGGUUGGUUGAUUUAUAUUGAGUGUGAAUUUUUUCCUUUCCCAACAAGUUCACAAUACAAAGCUCAAGAAUUUGCAAAAUUCCUGGGUUAUUUAACUGAAACAAUGCAUCAAGAACUACCAGGUUCAAAAGUCAUUUGGUAUGACAGUAUGACUUAUACAAGCAAAAUAAAUUGGCAGAAUCAAUUAACAGAUAAAAAUGAGCUUUUCUUUAAAAGCACAGAUGGUAUUAUUUUGAAUUAUUGGCGGAAAAAGUUAUAUCCUACAAUAGCUCAAAGAUUAACCGCAGAGCGAUAUUAUAAUAAAUCAAGUUUUGAUAUCUAUUUUGGUAUAAACAUUUGGGGAAAAUAUAUACAGGGUGGAAGUAAUUUUAAAUCAUACAAAGAUAUCGAAAUCGCAAGUUCAACUCAUGUUUCAUCGGCUUUAUUUGGCACUGCAUGGAUUUAUGAAACUUUUGAGAAAAAAGAAUUUGAGAGAAUAGAUCGAUUAUUUUGGUGUGGUGGAAAAUACUCUGAUUAUCCACCUUUACCUCUUAAAAAUUUAAAGAACAAUGUAAAUACGGAAGAUGAUGAUAGUGAAGACGAACUCAUUUAUGAUCAAAAAAAGGGGAUUUCUGAUGUUAUUCCAACUCGCUCUGUACCAGGCACUUAUUGGUUCGUUACUAAUUUUGAUAGAGGAUUUGGUAAACAUUUUGCCCAUAGAGGAAAAAUAUUACUUCGUCAACCUUGGUCUCACUUAUCUCAUCAAUCUAUUCUGCCUAAUUUGGAUUAUCAAAACCUAAUAAUGUGUCCAUUCGAUAGAAAUAUUGAUAUAUCAUGUACUCUUCAGGAUACUUUUGGCGCAUUUUUAGGUGGCACUUGUCUUGUAGUUAAGGGACAAAGACUAACCCAUCGUGAAUCUCAUGAUAUGGAGAUGGAUGUAGUAAUCCCUCUCUAUCAAAUGAACAUAAGUGUCAGUCAAGGUUGCAUAUUAAAAUAUAUUUAUCGGACGCUUUUAGCCGAAGACGUAAAACUCAUCAUGCUUUACCAAUUCACGUUGCAAAAUCCUAAAGAUAGUUUUUCUUCUGUUAGUGAUUUUUGCAAAUCAUGGUUACCCGAAAAUAAUUUCGAUAUAGAAGACGGAUCUCGAAUUACAAUUUCAUCAGCAAGUGACGCCUGUGAUAGUCAAUGCUUUACUCUACCUAUUGUAGAAAAUUCUAUACACGGGGGUGCAUGGACAAUGACAACAACCCAAAUACCAGCAGUGGCAGAAGAAUCUGGUUAUAGUCUGCUUUUAAAUCGUAUCGAAUUAUGUGUUGUUAUAAAUACAGCAAGUUUAGUUGGUAUAAAACUUCAUACGAUUGCUUGCUUAGGGUAUCUGAGUAUUAUACCAGCCUUUACAAACAUAUGCGUUAUUCUACAAGAAGAAACUUAUCGCUUUUUUGGUACUAUUUGCUGGAAUAAAUUGACUGAAUCUACUAACGAUUGGAAAGAUGUUGAUUACUAUAUUAUAUCUUAUGAAAUAGAUGGGAAAAAUCGCAUAUUUUUAGGUACUGCUUUUUGUAAUGAAUAUCGUAUAUCAGGUCUUGAAUGUAUUAAUAAGGCACGCAGGCAUAAAAUUAUAAUCGAAACUGUAACUAGGGAAGGUACCAUUCCUUCAAGCACAAGUUUGAACAUAGUUUUGUAGAUAACAAAUAUAUAUUCAUGGACACGAGGCUUUAAUACUGGCAAAAAAAAAGAAAGAGGAUUUUAUUAUCAUUUUAUCUUUCUUCAUUCUUAUCUUCAGUUAUGAACUCGGUUUCGCAAAAUCUAUAACAACGACCUAACUUUGGAAUAUCAUAAGAUAUAAUAUUCAUAUCAAAAUAAAUAUUUUCUUCAUUGCAUAUUGCUCCAACAAUUCUUUUUAAUUCCUCGAACUUUGAUGCAUCCAGAUAUGCUCUAAUAUAAAUUGUA